AUGAGUACUCAUCGUGACGAAAAAGGUCUAGAUUCGAAGUUGGAUGAGAAAAACGAUCAGCAAUCAUCCAACGUUAAAUUUGAUCUUGGUGCACCUCAGCUCAACGAUGAUUAUGAUCAAUCAGUAGAUAAUGAAGCUGAUGACCAAUUUGAAUUUUCAGCACUUUCAAAACCUUCAUCAACUUCAUCGAUGGAUUCAACGACAAAUAUUACUAAUACUCAUGGCUCAGUAGUAAAUACAAAAAUGCCACUUAAUAAUGACACUCAUAGUGGAAACAAAUCAGCAUUACGACGCUAUGCACGACAAAUGUCUGGCGUGUCUUUUGGAUCUACAUCGUCUUUUCGACAACAACCUUUCGCAGCAACACCUAAAGCACUUAGCGAGAUUUUAGGUGGACAUCGUAUAAUUAACAAGAUUCUUAUAGCUAAUAAUGGUAUUGCAGCUGUUAAAUGUAUGCGAUCAAUUCGACGUUGGUCGUACGAAAUGUUUCGCCAAGAAAAUGCUAUCAAGUUUGUUGCUAUGGUUACACCAGAAGAUAUGAAAGCGAAUGCCGAAUAUAUUCGAUAUGCAGAUCAUUACGUCAAUGUACAAGGUGGUCCAUCACAUAUGAAUUAUUCGAAUUGUGAACUUAUAGUUGAUAUCGCAAAAAGAUUUCCUGUAGAAGCUGUUUGGGCUGGAUGGGGCCAUGCAUCAGAGAAUCCUAAGCUACCAGAAUUGCUUCGCCACAAUGGUAUCGCUUUUAUUGGUCCACCAGAACAGGCCAUGUGGGCGUUAGGAGAUAAAAUAGCAUCAACUAUUAUUGCUCAAAGUGCCGACGUACCAACAUUAACAUGGAGUGGAUCUCAUAUAAAACUUAAAACCAAUGUCGGCGAAAGUCAAAAUGUUAAUGUUCCAAUGGAACUAUAUGAACAAGCAUGCUUUGCGGAUUAUCAGAAAGGUCUAGAAAGUGCAAUUAAAAUAGGCUUUCCAGUAAUGAUUAAAGCUUCAGAAGGUGGUGGUGGUAAAGGUAUACGAAAAUGCACGAAGUCAGAAGAAUUCGAAAAUCUUUUUCGACAAGUUCAAACAGAAGUACCAGGUUCACCUAUAUUUUUAAUGAAAUAUGCAGAUAGUUGCCGACAUUUGGAAGUACAAAUUAUUGCCGAUGAAAGUGGCCAAGCUAUAUCAUUAUUUGGUCGUGAUUGUUCUAUUCAACGACGACAUCAAAAAAUUAUUGAAGAAGCACCGGCUGUUAUAGCACCACGUGAAAUUCUUGAACAAAUGGAAAAAGCAGCUGUACGCUUAGCAAAAAUGGUUGGCUAUAUUAGUGCUGGCACAGUUGAAUAUUUGUAUAAUCCAGCUGAUCAAACAUUCUUCUUUCUUGAACUUAAUCCUCGAUUACAAGUUGAGCAUCCUUGCACGGAAAUGAUUACUGAUGUUAAUUUACCUGCAUGUCAAUUACAAAUUGCAAUGGGUAUAUCUUUACAUCGCAUAAAAAGUAUACGUUUGUUAUAUGGCGAAGAGCCACUUGGUGUGUCCCCAAUUGAUUUUGACAAUCCUAAACAUAAACCUGUACCAAAUGGUCAUGCUAUAGCUGCACGUAUUACUAGUGAAAAUCCAGAUGAAGGUUUCAAACCAAGUUCAGGCACUGUUGAAGAAUUAAAUUUUCGUAGUAGACAAAACGUUUGGGGAUACUUUAGUAUAUCAUCGUCCGGUGGUUUACAUGAAUUUGCUGAUUCUCAGUUUGGACAUAUUUUUUCAUAUGGUGAUACUCGUGACGAUGCACGAGAAAAUCUCGUCGUUGCAUUGAAAGAAUUAUCAAUUCGUGGAGAUUUUCAUUCGACUGUUGAAAUUCUAAUACGUUUAUUGGAAACUGAAGUUUUUAUAAACAAUACAGUUAAAACAAGUUGGCUUGAUACUCUAAUUGCGGAACGUUUUAAAACAGAAAAACCCAAUACUAUGAUAUCACUUGUAUGUGGUGCUAUACAUGCUGCAGAUGAAAGAUUUCGAACUAAUUUUCAAAAUUUUCAAUCAUCACUUGAGCGCGGUCAAAUAUUACCCAUGCAUUCACUUUCCGUUUCGACUCAUGUUGAACUUUUAUGCGACAGUAUUAAAUAUAAGCUACAGGUUACGAAAUGUGGCCCAAGUUGUUUUUUUGUUGUUAUGAACGAAUCAUAUGUUGAAGUUGAAGCUAAUCGAAUGAAUGACGGUGGUAUAUUAAUUAAUUUGGAUGGAUCAAGUUAUUUAACAUUUAUGAAAGAAGAUGUUGAUUCCUACAGGAUUAUUGUUAACAAUAAAUCAUGUGUUUUUCAAAAAGAAAACGAUCCCUCAGUACUAAGAUCACCUUCAGCGGGCAAACUGCUUCAUUACACAGUAGAAGAUGGUGGUCCCAUUGAAGCAGGUCAAACAUAUGCAGAGAUUGAAGUUAUGAAAAUGGUUACUGAACUUCGAUGUCCAUCGAAAGGACAUCUUCAAUGGAAUAAACGUCCGGGUGCAAUUCUCGAUGCAUCUUGUGUUCUUGCACAUGUAAUUUUUGAGGACUCUCUGCAAAUUCCACAAUCGAAAUUAUACGAUGGUAAAUUUUCUUUUGAAAUUAAAAAUCAUUCAACAAUUACAAAAUUAAAUCAAAUAUUUCAAACAACAAAACAAGUAUUAGAAAAUAUUCUUCAAGGUUAUACAUACCCAGAACCAUAUUUUCGUGAAAGAGUUAAAUUAACUGUUGAAAACUUAUUUACAAUUUUACGUGAUCCAUCAUUACCAUUACUUGAAGCUGAAGAGAUCAUAUCAAAUAUAUCUGAACGUAUGCCACAAGAAGUUAAAAAAGAAAUUCAAAAAUUAUUGAAAAACUAUAAGAGUAACUUGACAUCUGUCUUAGUACAAUUUCCUUCGCAAUUGAUUGCGGCAUUCAUUGAUAAUUACGCAACGAAAUUAGAACAUCGUAGUGACAGAGAUGUAUUUUUCGCAACUGUACAGAGUCUUGUACAACUAGUAAAACGUUAUCGUAACGGUAUUAAAGGACACAUGAAAACUGUUAUAACAGAUUUAAUAAGAAAUUAUUUAACCAUUGAAGCAUUAUUUCAGUUUGGACAGUAUGACAAAUGUCUAACACAACUACGUGAUAAACAUAAAAUUGAGAUGCAUAAAGUUGUAGAAAUUGUUUUUUCACAUGCAAAUUAUAGUGCAAAAAAUUCACUUGUUAUUAUGUUAAUUGAUUUAUUAUUUGAACGUGAUCCAAGAUUAACUGACGAAUCAACAGCAUUGCUAAGUGAAUUAACUUUAUUGACACAUGCAAGUAAUGCAAAGGUAGCAUUGAAAGCAAGACAAGUAUUAAUUGAAUUUCAACAACCACCCUAUGAAGUAAGACUCAAUCAAAUGGAAUCCAUAUUUUUAAGUGCUCUUGAUAUGUAUGGCCAUAAAUUUUGUCAAGACAAUUUACAAAAAUUAAUUCUAUCGGAGACAAGUAUUUUUGAUGUUUUACACAGCUUUUAUUUUCAUCCAAAUGUACAAGUGCGUCAAUCAGCACUCGAAGUUUAUGUUCGCCGUUCAUAUAUAUCCUAUGAUCUGAUCAGUAUUCAACAUGGAUUUCUCUCAAAUGGUACAUGUACAGUUCAAUUUUCUUUAUAUCUACCAUUGAAUCAUCCAAAUCGACUUUAUGUACAAGAAAAUACGCCUCGGACUGGUAGUUGCACUGAUGAUAUCAUGGUAAUAGAUGAUGAAGAUCCACAAUUAUUUCGACGUACUGGUAUAAUAGCUGCGUUCGAGAAUUUAGAACAAGCAAGCAGUUUCUUUGAUGAAUUAUUAAUACCGUUUUCAUCAACAUCAUCUAAUAAUAAUAAUCGUUCGUUAACUGCUAGUCGGCAAUCAUUAAAAACACAUAGUCGACAAUCUUCAUAUGAUAGCGUAGCUAGUCAAAAACCUACAGUAAAAAUUGAUCAAGCAACUAACCUGAUCUAUGUAUUUAUUAAAGAUGAUUCUAGUCUUCAACAAAAUUUCAAACUUGAAAAUGUAUUUCGUGAAUUUCUUCAAUCAAAAUACCAACCUUGUACGGAAAAAAAUAUUCGUCGAGUUACAUUUUCGCUUGCUUCAAAACGUCAAUUUCCAGCUUAUUUCACUUAUAGAAAACGAUUAGAUUUUGAAGAAGACAAAAUCUUUCGAAAUCUUGAACCUGCACUUGCUUAUCAACUUGAACUUUAUCGUUUACGUUCAUUUGAUUUAGAAUUUGUUCCAACAUCAAAUCACAAAGUACACAUUUAUUUAGGCAAAGGAAAAGUUCACAAUAAACAGUAUGAUACAGCAGAUUAUCGGCUAUUUGCUCGUUCAAUUAUUCGUCAUUCAGAUUUAGUAACAAAAGAAACAAGUUACGAAUAUUUACAAAAUGAAGCUGAACGUACAUUACUUGAGGCAUUGGACGAAUUGGAAAUAGCAUUCUCACAUCCAUUAGCUAAAAAGACUGAUUGUAAUCAUGUAUUUAUGUGUUUUGUGCCAACUGUUUGUAUUGAGCCAAGUAAAGUUGAAGAAAGUAUUCGCGAAAUGGUACUUCGUUACGGUAUGCGUUUAUGGAAACUUCGUAUUCUUCAAGCUGAAUUAAAAAUGACAAUUCGAUUAACACCUUAUUCUGAAGCAUUGCCUUUUCGAGCAUUCAUGACCUAUGAAAGUGGUUACCAUCUUGAUAUAUCACUAUAUCGUGAAGUUACCAAUCAAGCAACAGGACAAACUGUUUUUCAAACAUAUAAUAUUGGUAAACCAGGCCCAUUAGAUGGUCGAGCAUUACAUGAACCUUAUUUAACAAAAGAUCAACUACAAUAUAAACGUUUUACUGCUCAAUCCAAUAGCACAACAUAUGUUUAUGAUUUACCUGAAAUGUUUCGACGAGCUUUGAUUGUUUUAUGGAAACAAUAUUCUGAUUUAAAUAAAUCUAAAGAUCAAUCAAUGCCAAAAGAUAAUUUUAUUUGUCAAGAACUUAUACUUGAUAUUACAAACCAAUCAAAUAUCAAUAAUUUAGCAUCUCCAGUGUCACCAACUGCCAUUUCAUCAACAAGUAUAUCUUCAAGUCCAUCAAGCGCAAAGCCAAGCUCACUACAAUCAUUUACAUUCGACACAAAGGAAAGCAAUGAUAGACUUCAACAAUGUGGUCUUAUAACACGUACACGUUCGCCAGCAGAAAACGAUUGUGGUGUUGUUGCGUGGCGUAUUCGUAUGAAAACACCUGAAUGUUCAGAUGGCCGUACAAUAAUUGUUAUUGCCAAUGAUAUAACAUAUAAAAUUGGAUCAUUUGGUAUUGAAGAAGAUCUAUUAUUUCAACGUUCAUCUGAAUUAGCACGUUUAGAACGUGUACCACGUAUUUACAUAUCUGCAAAUAGUGGUGCACGUAUUGGUCUUGCUGAAGAGCUUAAAUUUCUUUAUAAUAUAGCAUGGAAUGAUUCAAAAGAUGUUGAGAAAGGUAUACGUUAUUUAUAUUUAACACCAGACGAUUAUGCACGCGUAUCAAAUAUGAAUUGUGUACGAACAGAAGUUGUCAACGAUGAUGGCGAAACACGAUAUAAAAUUAUUGAUAUUAUUGGAAAAGAAAAUAGUAUAGGUGUGGAAAAUUUACGUGGAUCAGGCAUGAUUGCUGGUGAAACAUCACUUGCCUAUAAUCUUAUUCCAACCAUUAGUUUAGUAACAUGUCGAGCUGUUGGUAUUGGUGCUUAUCUUGUUCGACUUGGUUCUCGUGUAAUACAAGUGGAAAAUUCUCAUAUAAUAUUAACUGGUGCUGGUGCAUUAAAUAAAGUUCUUGGUCGAGAAGUUUAUAAUAGUAAUAAUCAACUAGGUGGUAUACAAAUUAUGUUUAAUAAUGGUAUUACACAUGAUGUUGUUAAAGAUGAUUUUGAAGGAUGUUUACUUAUACUUCGAUGGCUUAGUUAUAUGCCUGAAACCAUGCUAAAUUUACCACCAGUAUUACCUGGAUUAUAUGAUCCAAUUGAUCGUCAAAUAGAUUUUGUGCCAACAUCAACACCAUAUGAUCCAAGAUAUAUGAUUCAAGGACGAUAUCUUGCAUCAACACAACCAUCUACAAAUUAUGUUGAUACAGGCAUAUCAACGGGAGCAUCGUUUCAAUCAGGAUUUUUCGAUCGAGAUUCAUUUGUUGAAAUAAUGAAAGGCUGGGCUAAAACAGUCGUAUGUGGUCGUGCUCGUAUCGGUGGAAUUCCUAUGGGUGUUAUUGCUGUUGAAACACGCACCGUUGAACUCGAACAACCGGCUGAUCCAGCUAAUUUCGAUUCUGAUGCUCGUUCAAUUCAACAGGCUGGUCAAGUAUGGUUUCCUGAUUCAGCAUUUAAGACGGCGCAAGCAAUCAAUGAUUUUAAACGUGAAAAUUUACCACUGAUGAUCUUUGCUAAUUGGCGUGGUUUUAGUGGUGGCAUGAAAGAUAUGUAUGAUCAAAUCAUGAAAUUUGGUGCCUAUAUUGUUGAUGCUUUACGUGAAUAUGAACAACCAGUAUUUAAUUAUAUACCACCAUUUGGUGAAUUACGUGGUGGUGCUUGGGUCGUUAUUGAUCCAACAAUUAAUUUACGUUAUAUGGAAAUGUAUGCUGAUCGUAUGAGUCGUGGUGGUGUACUUGAACCUGAGGGGACUGUUGAAAUAAAAUAUCGUGCCAAAGAUUUAAUACGUACAAUCCGUCGACUUGAUCCUGUUAGUCGAGAAUUAGCUGCAGAAAUAAAUUUAUCUAUAACAGGAUCAGUAAAUAGUGCUAAAGAAGAACUUGAAAGACAAUUAGCUGAACGAGAAAAAAGUCUAUUUCCGGUUUAUCAACAAGCUGCUGUGAUGUUUUGUGAUUUGCAUGAUACACCAGGUCGAAUGUUAGAAAAAGGUGUUAUUCGUGAAAUAUUGGAUUGGCGAUCAAGUCGUCAAUUUUUUUAUUGGAGAUUAAAACGUCGUUUAGGUGAAAAUAAAGUAGUUAAAACAAUACUCUCUCUUGAUCCUUCGAUGGGUUAUCAAUCAGCUUCGAAAUGUGUUGAACAAUGGUUUAAUGAAGAUAAACGAAAUGAUACUGCACAAUGGUCACAAGACAAAGUUGUUGCUGAAUGGCUUGAACAAUGUCAACAAACUUUAUCAUUAGAUGAUCGUAUGAAAACUUUACGAAAACAAAGUGCUCGUCAUGAUAUUCAUCGAUUAUUUGAAACAUAUCCAGAUCUUCUAUCUGAAAUAUUAACAGAUGCAACUGAUGACCAGCGUACUCAAUUGAAUCAAAUUUUAAACACUAAAACAAAAAAAAAAAUGCUAUUUAACGAACCAUGGUGUUUAUCUAUGUCACUUUUUGAGCGUUCAUUAGCUAUUAUUAAUUUGCUCGCAUUUCUCUCAUCAUUGUCGCAAUGGCGUGGUCAAAUAGGUAGUACAGGUAUUUUACCUGCGUGUGGUUUCGUUCGUCAUUGGAAAGAACGUAAAAUGACAUUUUUACAACGGCCAACACUCUGUUUAAUUAUUUCGGAGUCAGACAAUUUUUUAUUGGCACUUCAUUGGAUAGGAAUAGUGUGUGCAAUAAUGGCAUUUUUUGCCGUCAUUCCACCGGGUAUAUGUCUAAUUGGUUGUUGGCUUUGCUAUUCAUCACUAGUAACUGUAUCAACAACAUUUAUGGGUUUACAAAUGCAUUCAAACUUAUUAGAAACUACGAUGUUGUAUAUAUUAUGUUCACCGUUUGUUGCUGCAACACCUGAGGUCUUUGUUUUCAUACAAUGGUCACUUCUUUUUCGUAUUAUGCUUGGUGGAGCUGUUGGAAAAUAUACCGGUGGUGAUCAAAGUUGGAAAGAUGGUACAGCAAUGGUAUGGCAUUACUGGACGCAACCGCUACCAAAUCCAUUAUCACCAAUAUUUUAUCGGAUGCCAAUUUCAAUCCAUAAAAUUGAAACAUAUUUUACAUAUGUUAGUGAAGGCGUAGGAGCCAUACUUUGUUAUACACCACAAAUAAUACGAUGGAUUUCAUAUGUUUUCUUUCUACUUAUUUUAUUGGGUAUUAAUGUUACUGGAAACUAUGCUCAUCUUGCACCGUUGACAAUUACAGAAAUGAUUUUACUUUUAAACGAUAAUGUUUGGCGUUCAUUAAUUCCGUUUGAAUUCAUUAUUUCAUUUCUUGAAUAUACAUCAAUUCCAUCAUAUUCAAUAGCAUGGCCUUUUAAAUUAUUACCAUGGAUUUUUAUUGGUUUACCCUAUUUUUUCAUAUCACUUGUACCAUUAUCUGCAACAUUUCGUGAUGAAAAUCCAUUUUCAUGGCCCAUAUUCACUAAUUAUUCCACACUUCCAUUAAAAUUAACACAACUCAUAUAUCAACAUACAUAUGUGCAACGAUAUUUUUUAAUUCCAUGGAAUCAUUUAGUGGAAUGGUGUGAAUAUGGCCAUGAUUUAAUAUCACCAAUACGACUUUGUGGUCGAUAUGUUAAAUUUGCUCAUAUGACAAAACGUCGUUGGGAAAUAAUUAUUGAAGGAAGUGACGAUGAAUUAAAUUGGCAUGAAUAUGAAUUUAAAUAUAAACCAUCAAACAUUAACAAAUAUUUACCGAUCGUACCAUUUUGUCAUAUGCCUAAUUUGGACUGGAGACUUUGGUUUUUACCAAAUGAUGCAGCUCGAGGUAUUCCACCACCGAACUGGUUUCUUGUAUUUCUAGAACGUAUUCUUGAUCAUAAUCAAGCAGUUCUAUCAUUACUUGGUUCAUUACCGGAACAAUUUCGUAAUAGACCACCAAAAUAUAUACGUUCGUUGUUAUAUGAUUAUCGUUUUACAUAUAAAUGUGACCAAGAUACAAAAGCAUUAGUUGAAAAAACACCUCACGUUCAUAUUGGCAAAACAUGGUAUCGUAAUUUUGUGGGAAUAUAUGCAAAAGCAAACAAAAAUGAGAAGUAA